UUUCUCCGCUUUUCCGCUGCAGGUGACUCAUCCUUUCUUUCUCUUGCUUAAUUGGGUGUCUGAGAGCCGUCCCGAACCUCUAGAGGAUAUGGAGCUGCACGAACAUCCGUCCGGCGGCCGAUCACGAGUGUGCCGACGACGCGUGGCUGCUCCUCCGGACGUCGACGUUUCUGAAUUUCCCAGCGGCUCUCACAUCCAUUUCGCAGUUUCUUUUCUUUAAAAGCGUUGGCGACCUCAGUUCUAUCGGAACUUUGGAGACUCUCGCCGUCGAUUUUUUCGAUCUGAGCGCGCUUUUCUCCGAGCCGCUCUUAUGUCUGGUGACUGUGCCGGCGCCGAGCAGGACAAGCGUGGUUCUUUGGGAGAAAACUGGUCUUCCUCCUUCGUUCGACUCUCAGGAGUGUUUCGAACUUAUGAAGCGUCUUUUCAUUUUUUUCCACCCCGGGUUUGUCGGAAAUGUGUAGUGCCUGUCAAGGCUUGUAGCACUCUCUUCAUGCGCUUCAACGUCCCAGCGAGUCCUAUCGGACCUAAACGGUCUUUUUUCUGUCUUUUGCACCGGGAAAAACGCAUUCUUGACAAGAGGGAUAGGCAAAUCUCGAAGAUUUUCGCGAGUGGAUGGCGGGUCUCCUUGAGGCGCCUGCGUUUUUUCACCCCUUCCUCGUUUUAUCUCUGCUUUCCCUUUUUUUUUACUUUUCUGUUGUCCUUCCGUCUUGCUAAAACCCCCUGACAGCCAGCAUGUUGUCCUGUGCACUUCUCAUGGGUUGCUUUAGCCGCGGUUGCCGCGCUCAUUCAUGUCUCCCUGAAGUUCUUUCUCUGCUCUGCUUCCUUCUUUACAGCUGCCUCGCGGUAGCAGCAGACAUCGAAGGAAAAACGGCAGAGACUGUAGGAAGUAGAUGUGCGACUAUUAAACACGCCUCCCAGAGGCCGUGAUAAAACUAUUUCCAACGCUGUACCCCUCUGCCGACAUGUCCUCUCGGCGUUGUUCCUCGCUACACAGGAAGCCCAGGCGCGAGUUGACAGUCGCUGAACCUUUUGUCUUGACGUUACAGUUUUCGCUUCUUGUUUAGCUCUCUUGACGAAAAGUAAAAUCCCCUCAUUCGUUCUCCAUCGGCACAUCGCGCCUCUCUCUUCUCCAGAGAUCCGCGCCGAAAAGCGGUGCAGCCUAGUAGGUGAUGCACGGCGCUGCAAGAAGAGCGCAGUCAGCGGUCGUCUCGUCCUCGGCGAACCGCGAAAAGUAUCUGCUUCAUGCCUCCCGAUUCACCGCGGUUGGUGGAUCGGAGUUGGACGAUCGUUUUCAAGCUUGAACGCCAGUCUCCCUUUUCAAGCCUUCUGUGCAUCUCCGCAUUCGACUACUGAGAAGCUGUACAGAGAGCAGUGCUCGACGAUGGUGCUCUUCACCGCUUUCGGUCAAAGGUUUUCGGGCCGCGCCGUGGCGAAGGCCGCGAGACAGAAACUGCGGAGCGCUGUGCUUCGCGUUGCAGGCAUGGAUCUCUGUCGCAGUUGUUUCUUCGUCGCUCAGAUGUCGCGGGCGGCCGAGCGAGAGCCUUCUGCCUUUCUGCCGCACCAUUGCGCAAUUCAGAAGCCUCGGGGAAAUCGGGAGUGCAGGAAGUUGUCCGAGACCGCCGGCUGCCACCGCCCUCGCGAAAAAACGUGGCCGGAAAACCUCGCGUCAACUGCGUGUGCGAAUGUCGCGGCGGGUGUAUGUACACCGCAGCAGGCAAGCGCUCCGCGAGCGACGUCGGUCGUUUCUCGGGCAGCUGGUCGUUUCUCGAGGGGUUUUUCGUGUUUCUGUGGACUUGUCAACAAAACAUUUUGCUUUGUCGCCCGGCUUCUGCCGUAUUUCGCCGUUCUGCUCCUCUCCGUCGCCACCCUUUGCUACUUUCUGUACGUGCAGCCUGCGAUUUGUGUGUCGGACACUGGCGCCGAAGACGCCUUUCCGGUGCUCCUCCCGCCUGUCCACCUGCGGGCUUCUCAACAGACGCAGCACCCGGGACGCUCGGCGAGUGCAGACGCGUCGACAGCUGCUGGCUUUCCUGAACCGACCGGAUCUUUGGAAGGGAACUCUUUUUCAGGGACGUCGUGGCUCUCGCUGUUCCCCGGACUCCAAGAGGCACCUUUGGAUCAGCAAUAUUUGGCGUUCUGGAUGCACUUCGUCCAGGCUGCGAGUCACCACCUUUUUCAAGUUCCGUUCUGCACCUACGUCGGACUGUUUUUGCUUUUUAAUGUCUUCUACAACUUUUACUUUGCAUGCACAGUUGAUCCGGGCCGCCCUCCCGUGCUCGUGUCGGCAAAGCGCGAAGCGGAGGGCGGCGCCACUGAAGAAGUUUUUGUCUAUUCAGCAGAGAGCGGCAAGAUGGAGAUAGCGGCUCUCACCUAUGUUCUUUCGCCCUCGUCUUCAUCACCUUCAUCGUGCGUCCCCGACAAGACGUUGACUGCCUGCGAGUCUGCAAAAGGCGAUUCCGAGCCCCGAGGACGCAGGGCGGCGUCCUGUCUUUCUCAUCAGUCUGGACAGCCUGUUCGGCGAAGUCUGAGGUUAGCGCUUCGCGCGCUUCGGCAGGAGACGAGUUCUAUUCGCGAAGAACCCCGAGAGCAACAGACCGCUUCCUCUUCUGCCAGGACGACUGCAGCUUCCUCGCCUGACGCCUCUGUUGAGCUCGCGUCGACAACCUCACAAAGUCACGACCGGGAGCGCGGAAAAGGGACCUGCAAGAAACCAAAUCAAAGUUUUGGUGUGGAGUCUGUUGAGAAGGACAGCGUCCCUUGCAGUCUUGGUCGAGAAGAGGCUGCUUUGGCGUGUCAUCUGUCGCCACGAGAUCCGCAGGCGGCUGCCUCGACCCCGCCUGCUGCCCUUCCGCUCGCGUCUCUCCGUCCAGCUGUCUCUGCAACAGAACCUUGUGCGAACCUGAGCGCGAAGGGUGAUCCAGAAGUCUGUAGCCACUCGAAUCGAGUGAACAGAGAAGGUGAAGGUUGUGCAGCUGUGAGUGAUUCUCCAAAUGGCAGGGGCCUGUGCUCUCGCCUUGUACCUCUCUGUUCCACGUGUGGGGGCGCGAAGCCGUUGCGGACGCACCACUGUCGGAUUUGCAAUCGGUGUGUGUUGAAGCAAGACCACCACUGUCCGUGGCUGAACCAGUGCGUAGGUUUGCACAACUACCGCUUUUUCUUUCUGUUUCUGUUCUUCCUGUUUCUCCUCCUCGUCCACACCCUCUGGGUCAUGCGCUUCUCGCUGUUUGGAGCCUUCGCCUUUCGGCGAGUCGUCGCCGAGAGCCGCGCGCACCACGCUCGACUCGUCUCGGAGCAGCUUGCCAUCGUGCGGCGCAGGCAAACCCUGCAUGCAGGGGAGACUGGCGGAGGCGCUUCGCCGUCUGCGCAGGACAGCCUGCGCGCCAGUUCGUCUUCGCCGCGAACGGAGGCAGAAAAGCAGCCCACGACGAGAGAAGAGAGUUUCUUCUCACUCUCGCGUCUUCUCCGCCUGCCCUUCUGGUUCUACUCCUUCCUCCUGUCGGUCGCGGAGGGCGACAAGAGCGACUUCGCGGACGCCGUCACCGACUUGCAGAUUCAGGCUCUGGUCGCGGAGUUGGAAGAGACGCUUCAGGCCAGACACGAGGCGCCGCUGAGAGAAGAACUGGCGCGCCAAGAGAGCAGCGAGCAAGAGUCGCGCAGGCCAGGAGAAGAGACGAAGAGUCCCACCCUUGCAGCUUCUCCUCUCGUUCAGACAGCCGUGCAAGACGCAGCGCGGGAAGCGUUCAAACUCGCAAGACGCCUUGCGAAACAAAGGGCGGGACCCCCCCCCUACGGAUUCCGCACUCUCGUCGUCGUCGACCGGCUGCUUCAGCACCAGCGAGACGUCGCCGCACAGAUAGCGAAGAACCGGAACGGAGAGAAAGGAAAAACAGAGAGUUUUGGGGGGCUGGACCCCUCCUGGUGGCUCUGGCAGGCCUGGGGCAGACAAGCGAUUUUAUUUGUCGGUCUCCUCGCCCUCAACGUCGGCGUCGCGGUCGCUGCUCUCUUCUUCUUCCACGUCUACCUCCUCAUGGGCAACCAAACCACCAUUGAAGUGCAGCGGAACUGCGCAACUCGGCGGAGACUUCGCAGCCUCGCUUCCGUCGCCUCUGGAUCGGCCUCCUCUCCCCCGUCGACUGCGUCUGCCUGCCCUCACCCUACUUCUCCACCUGAUAUUCCGUCCGCAGAGGCUGUCUCUUCCUCGUCGUCUUCCUUGUGUGCUGUUCCGAACGUCGGGCCUUCUGUCUUGUCUUCGCGUAGCGCUCCGUGUGUGCAUGCGUCUCGGGCAUCUCCGGAUCUUGAGGCCAAUGUGAAGCCUGGGGAUCUGUCGCUUGUCGGCUUUUUUUUGUUGUGUCUGCGCUCCUCGCGUCCCUCUGCGCUCCUGCCUUUCCACCGGGGCAUGCGGGAGAACUUCCGCGAGGUUUUUGGUCCGUCUCCGUUCCCUCUUUGUUUCUUUCCGUAUCUGGCGCAGCCGCCCAACCGAUCUCUUGAGGAGGUCUUGGGAACGAACCGAGUGUGAAACUCGAGAAAAAGCGCCUUUUGUGAAUCGGCCAUCUCCGCGGGAGUCGGUGCCUCCUGGGCUUCUGCGAGUUCGUCUUUUCUUCUGUUGGUACGCAGUGUCGAAUCUUCAAGAGAGAAACUCUAGAAUCAGCACUCCUCUACAUCCCGUCUACACCCGCUGCAGUCACUGCGGACUUCAGAGAACAGUUAACUCUUCUCCACGUAUUUAGGGCAUGCAGUUAACCGGUCAGGCAACAACUGAAGCUAGCCCCGCCCCGUGAGGGAUCAUGCAGGCGACCCUCUCUGCAUGCGCUGUGAAACUCGUCGUUUUAGAGGGAACGCUCCCGGGUAAAUCCACUACGUUUGAGGCGUCAGUCGCAAUCUGCACACAAAACGAGUGGACCGGCUUAUAUUCGGUAACCAGAGUGAUGGGUGCAUGCGUCGAGGCUGGGAAGCGCAGUGAGACGUGUGGAGCGGCGCAUAAGGAAUUUCCUUUUGGAGACAGCGAGAAGACGGUCUGGCUCUGAAGGCGAGGAGACUCUCAAACAUCAGGCUUCGGAAUGCACACAGAUAGAUGCAGGUCUCACUAGAUGGGCAGAGACAGGCGAUGAACAUGGAGAAACAGAUAUAGCGCCGUUGGAUGGAAACCUAUUCCACGCA